UUCAAAACAGUCCCCAUGUGUUGUCAGAAAUACUAGCUAGCGACUAACUUUUUGUUUUUAUUAAUUUCCCCUACGAGAACUAUAUUAGUGACAGUAUCAUAAACGCAUGAUCACUCUAAUCAUCUAAUAUCUGUGUUGGUUAGGUGAGCCGUUGUGUGGAUGCCGAAUAGCGGUGAGGAGUGGCAGGUGGCCCGGCGACGGAAGGGAGCAGGCCGCCGAGGGAAGAUUCCUCACACGGCCCGCCAUGAACCUGGACACGCCGAUGCUGUGGACACAGACAGGACCAAACAAAGGAUCACAGAAACCAUGGCUGAACUGAGGUGUGCAGACUUCUGGUUGGAGUGGAGAGAUCGACUGACAGCUGAGGCUAAGGCAGACUCCCCAGAGGUUGGAGGGAACCCAGCAGCAGGCUGUGACCCAGGACCUGAGGGAGGGGACCGGGCCCGGGAGGCCCCUAGUAGCCCACUGGAGUGUGUGUGUUAUGGUCUGGGCUCCUUCUCUUCCUGUGUGACAGCUCGUUACCAACUAGCCAUGCUGCUAUUGAUUCUGGAGUUACUACAGAUCCCUAUGGAGCGGUGCAGUGUGUACGACCCUGUGUUCUCCUCAGGGGAGAUGGAGGUACUGCGACAGCUUGGGCUCACCGUGCUGACUGAGAACGAGGAGGGGAAGCGAGCAGUGUCGAGGCCAACUAUUUUCUACCUGAUGCAUUGUGGGAAGGCUCUGUACAACAACCUGCUGUGGAAGAACUGGAGUAGAGAUGCACUGCCUCUACUGACUAUCAUAGGAAACAGCUUUGCAGGCAUACAGGACAGGAUGAUUCAGAGAGAACUCCAGAGAGACUACAGCUACAUAGCACACGCUGUGUGUUUGUGUGAGGAGUGGCCCCUCCCAUGCCCGUCCCAACUCCUGGACGUCUUCAAUGACACUGCCCUCAUCACCUUCAAUCCCAGCAGCCUCUGCAAACUCCCACAAUCCACCUGGGGUGAGGCACCAGAGCCCCAAUACCAACACUGCCCUGAUCUGGAGAUCAUACAGAGAGACCCACAGAGAUGAGAGGGGUGGAGGAUGAAAUAAUCAUUGUGGCCUCUGUGGUUCCCAGUGAAAUGAGAGGAUAGCAAGGAUUUUUCUGCCAUUGUAAUCCUUGGGUGGGACAUUUUUUUGGGGGGUUUAUUUUUUGGGUGAAUUAUUUUCGGGAUGGAAAAACGCUGUAUGUAGAAAAUAUAAUGAACCUAUAUAUUUUUUUAUAAUAUAAUCUUUGAGAACUAACAAUCACCUAAAUAAAAGCUAGACAGGGAGAAUUAAAAAUUCCAAAAACAAUUAAUUUAGCAGUAUUCAUUUUAUUAUGUUUGAACAAAAGAGCACAGCAUUAUCCAUGGCCAAAUGCAUAGAAUUGCAGGAAACUAGCUUUAAAACUGCAACAUUUUCUCUUAGCUCCAUGGCACAAUAUAUAGAAUGCAGGAAAUUAGCUUUAAAACGGGCAAAAAAAUUCUCAGCUCUAUGGAGAAAUUUGUAGAAUUGCAGGAAAUUGGCUUAUUUUUCGAUACAAUUUUAGAGGCCCCCAUCUUGGCGCUGUAUCUAAAAUGUAGCCGCGCUGAUGGCCAACCGCGCUCAU